CGAAAGAGUCACCUAACUUUGGUCAUCCAACUUCACAGUUCACAGUUCAUAAUUCAUAUCAUACCUAUUAUUGGCUAUUACCUAUGAUUAUGACUUACCGAGUACGAGUUAUGAAAUAAAGUAUGAACGCAAAAUAUAUCUAAUUAAGUAACUAAAAUGAUGUUUGGUGACUCUAAAACGCAGUUUAUUGAACAAACAAGAGCUGCACGAAUAGAAAGAGCAAAUGAUCGUAAACGUGAACAAUCAAUUAUCCUUGUCCAAUCUUUGGUUAGAGGAUGGCUAGUCCGCAAACGCACUCGAAACUUAAUACUGCAACAAUUUGAUGAAAUGUUUGAAAAUAUCAAUGAUUUAAAACCUGCUAUUACUGCUUAUUUAUCUGUGAAAAAAUUUUUAAUUUAUUGGGAUGAAAAACAAGAUAGACAUAGAUUUGAGAAACUCUGCAGGUAUAUAAUUCUUAGUCUGGAAUGUGACUCAAUCAAACGUAGCUACAUAUCAGUAGCUUUGACUAGUGAGCAUGCAGUUAACUGGAUAAAUCAUGUCAAAGAAAUUCUAUCUAUUUGUCUUAGUUAUCUUACUAAACUUCAGCCAAAAUCAUUGGAUGAUUCUUCUUUUUUACACACUCUACUUCAUAUGAUUGUAUCUUUUACAUCGACUUCAAGAUGGUGUGCCAUACAUUCAAAUAAUUCUUUGCAAGGAUUAAAACCUGGAUUAGAGCGUUUAACAGAAAACUUGAUAGCACACUUAUUGAAUAAAAAUGUGUUUGAUACUAUGCAGGCCUUGCUAAUAACUGGUUUAUUGGGUAUUAAAAUCUAUUUAAAACCUGUGGCUAUGACAGCUAUAAUGACUAUUUGCUGGAGAUGUUUGGUUCUGAGCAACUUUUCAACAAAUAUUUUUCUACUGUUUGUUAUAAAGAUUUAUUCUAUACCUUUAUUAGUAGAGCAUUUGAUAUCUCUCUCAACUAAAAUCAUUGAAACAUUUAAUUCUGUUAACUUACUUGAUAAGAUAAUGCAGUUAUUAAAUGAUCAAAAUCAAUGUGAUGAAAUAUUUCAUUGUUUACAUCCAAGUUGGUGUUUAUCGUUAAUUGCAAAUAUUGUGCAUUUAGCAGAAUUAAGUGCGGAAACAGGUCAAUUUGAAAAUAAUUCUACAUCUGUUUUUAUUAUUGGUUUAACAACAUUUUUGGAUACUAUUAGAGUUAAUGUUGUUAAAAAACAUUCAAAUGUAUCUAGUGUUUGGCAUCCUGAACUUGGUUGGUUUACCGCAAAUUCAAAUUGUCAAUGUUCUCCUAAUAUACCACCUUUAAAAAAUCAAUUAAUUCCAUUAUGGUGUGGAACUUUAUGUUCCAAAUUACUUCGGUGUCAUCUAAUAAAUGCUUUAGAACAAAUACCUGAAAAUCAACAAGUACCAUCACCUCCGCCUAAGACCAACAAUCCAAUAGCGAUAAUCAAAAAGGCAUUCGAUUUAAGACUAUCCAACACUAGUCAAUCAAAUUAUAAGCUUACUGGAAUUCAUGGAACAAAGGUUGUCGCUGCUUGCAACUUAUAUUUUACAUGCCUUAAAACAAUUACACAACUUAGACUAGAUAUUAUAACUGGUUUAUGUUAUCAUGAAGACACAUUAUAUUUAUUGUGGAGGUUUUUAGCAUUUUUAGAUUCUCAUUGUGGUCUCAAAAACCUGUUGGAUAUUCUAGAAUAUGAUAAAAAUUGCAAUUCAGGAGAAUUGCGCAUGUUACAACUAUUUUGUGAUAGUAUGUCACAUUAUAUAACUAUUCUUGAUGAUAUAGAAAUGUAUGAGCAACAGAAACCAUUUGUUAUGCGUGACUACAUUUUAAUGUCUAGUUUUUUAAACAUAUUUCUUUAUAAAGGAAUAUCUCAGAAUUUAUUUAAUAUUCAAGAUACAGCUUCUUCGUCUUAUAGCUUGUUUCGAUCUUGCCGUACACUUUUAAUGGUUCUUUAUCGCAGAGAUUGCCGUAGAUCUUUUGCACCUCCAGGACACUGGCUGAUUGGUGAUCUUAAAACUUCUUCAUUUUUUAAUGAACUCAAAAAGGGUCGUAAAAUAUACUCUACUUUAAUCCAAGAAAUUCCUCAUAUAGUUUCUCAUGAAACACGUGUUCGAUUAUUUAGAAAGUAUGUUUCUCGUGAAAAGUUUGCUUUGGGUGUACAUGAAUUACAUGAUAACGACAAUUUUAUACCACCAAUCAUCACUAUACGGAGGAAUCGAAUAAUUGAAGAUGGUUAUACAUAUAUAUCUGAAUUACCACUGAAACGCUUCAAAGGUGUAAUUAGAGUAAAGUUUAUAAAUGAACAGGGAUUAGACGAAGCAGGAAUUGAUCAAGAUGGUGUAUUUAAAGAAUUUCUUGAAGAAACUAUAAAAAGAGUAUUUGAUCCAUCAUUAAAUUUAUUUCGUACUACAGAUGAACAACGAUUAUAUCCAUCACCUUCAUCACAUAUUCAAGAAAACCAUCUGAACUUAUUUGAAUUUGUUGGCCGCAUUUUGGGUAAAGCUGUUUAUGAGGGUAUUGUAGUUGAUGUUCCAUUUGCAUCAUUCUUUUUGAGUCAAUUAUUAGGACAAACUCAAGAGCUACUAUAUAGUUCAAUGGAUGAGUUGCCUUCAUUAGACAAUGACUUGUAUCGAAAUUUAACAUCUGUCAAACAUUAUGAGGGUGAUGUUUCAGAAUUAGACUUGACUUUCUCAGUGGUUGAUAAUCACCUUGGUCAAUUGACUACUCAUGAUCUUAUACCUGGUGGAAGAGUCAUAUCAGUUACUAAUCAAAACAAGAUUAAUUAUGUACAUUUAAUGGCACAUUAUGUUAUGCAUACACAGAUCAAAGCACAAACAGCAGCUUUUAUCAAAGGUUUUAAAUAUGUUAUAAAUCCUGAAUGGUUAUCACUAUUUUCUACUCCUGAACUUCAAAAACUAAUAUCUGGAGACAACGCUCCUAUUGAUUUACUUGAUCUUCGAAGAACUACACAAUAUUAUGGAGGAUUUCAUGACUCUCAUCGUGUGAUUCUAUGGCUGUGGGAAGUUCUUCAAAAAGACUUCACAGAAAAAGAAAGAUCACUUUUCCUAAAAUUUGUAACAAGUUGUUCAAAACCACCUUUACUUGGAUUUGCAUACUUGGAACCACCAUUUUCCAUAAGAUGUGUCCAAGUAGCGGACGAUGAAGAUUUUGGUGACACUCUUGUUAGUGUUAUUCGAGGAUUCUUCACUAUUCGUAAAAAAGAUCCAAAUCUUAGAUUACCUUCAGCUUCUACAUGUUUUAACUUACUCAAACUCCCAAACUAUCAGAAAAAAAGUAUCCUUAGAGACAAACUUAGGUAUGCAAUUUCAUCAAAUACUGGAUUUGAAUUGUCAUGAAUUUUCUUGGAACAACAGGAUAAUUUCAUAUUAAAUGCAUUGAGUAUUAUAAUUGCUGUUAUGAAACUAAGAUUUACGAAUUAUGAUUAUUGUAUGUGAUGUAGUUAAUUAAUCUAUUUAUAAAUAUUUAUAAUUUUAAUAAUGUAAGGACUGAAAAUCAUCAUUAUAUAGGGGAAUUAAUAGUUUUCAAGUUAUCAUUCCAAAUAAUUUUACAUAGUUAAAUAUUAGGCUGAUUUACAUAG